GUCGUGUACUUAGUGUAAGCUAAACUGGAAAUGGAAAAUAGUGGUGAAAGUGGCGACGAUGGAGGGCCUUUAGGGCCAACUGCGUUCCUUGGAGGAGGAGGUGUAUCAGCAUCAUAUAUUAGUGUACAGUCUGAUGACAUGGAAGAUGAUCCUGAGAAUACGGAUGAUUCAAAUCAUGGAGCAAGUGACCCCUUACAAGGAGCUGGAGGUGGUACUGGUGCAGGACCUCUUCGUGAACAAGACCGGUUUCUUCCAAUAGCAAAUGUUGCUAAAAUAAUGAAAAGGGCCAUUCCAGAAGCAGGAAAGAUAGCAAAAGAUGCUCGUGAAUGUGUUCAAGAAUGUGUAUCUGAAUUUAUAUCCUUCAUAACAUCUGAAGCAAGCGAUCGGUGUCAUAUGGAAAAACGCAAGACUAUUAAUGGUGAAGAUAUUCUAUUUGCUAUGACGACUCUUGGUUUUGACAAUUAUGUAGAACCACUAAAAGUAUAUUUACAAAAGUAUCGUGAAGCGACAAAAGGAGACAAUCCUCCUGGAAGUGGUACAACAGGUAAUGGAAAAACUGAACCACAAGGAACUAUAUAUGAAGAUCAACUGUUUGCUAUUGCCGCAACUGCGUCUAGUGCUACCACUUCUGACACACCUGUUAUAUACAGUUAUACCUCUACUGAUCAAAUGCAAUUCCAACUUUCCUGA